AGGUUAAAUUUUAUUUCAAUGAUCAACAUAAAUAAAAAAUAAUAAUAAAUUUUGUACGAUAUUAUUUUGAUAAUAUUAUUGAUAAUUGUGGGAAAUAUAAUUGAUUAAUUUAAAUAACAAAAAAAAAAUGCCGUGUUUGGAAAAUGUUCAAAUGCCAACUUGUGUUUGGUUUGAAGCUGGAGAAAAAAGAAAUGCAUUAAUGUCAAUGCUUGCUGGUAUUUUGUUUUUUACUGGUUGGUGGUUGAUGAUUGAUGCUCAUGCUGUUUAUCCAGAACAAAUAUUCAGUACUUAUCAUAUCUGUGGUAUUUUUGGAACAUUAUCACUUGUUAUGGUUAACUCAGUGACAAAUUCUCAAAUCAGAGGUGAUGCUUACAAUGGUGGCUGCCUUGGUUCUCGAGGUGCAGGAGGCUGGAUUUUCUUGGGUUUUGUCAUGGGUUUUUCAGCAGUUAUUGCUUCAUUUUGGAUACUCAUAGCUGAUUUUGUUUCAACAAAAGCUACACACAGCUGGCCAGGAUUUGCUUUGUUUUUACAAAACUUUUUAAUCUUCUUGGGUUCAUUGACAUUUAAAUUUGGACGAUCAGAAGACCAAUGGGGUUAAACUUUCAUUAUUUCCAUUCUUUUUUUUCACCGUAAAAAAGAUUUAAAAAAUAUUACCAAACAUAAUUAAUAAUAUAACACAAGCAUUUUAUAUACUUAUUACAUAAAAAAAAAAAACAUUGAAAUUGUCCUUUAAGAUUAAAUAUAAACAAAAAUAAUGCUUGACAUUUUUGAUUGAGUAAUAAUUUAUUAAAACAACAUUAAUUAAUAUAAAAAAAAAAAAAAUGUUUACAAUUAAAAACAAAUUAUUGAAUUAUUACAAAUAUUUUAUUGUCGACUUUUUCAAUAAUAAUUAUACUCACAUACAUGCAACAAUUAUAGCUUAUAAUCAAGUUGUCCUAUUCAUUUUAAUUAUAAAAAAAAUAAAAUAAUAAAAAUUACAAAAAAAAAAAAAUGAAUUUAAAAAAAAAAAAAAGG